GCGACUAUAUAAACAAGGAAGUUAAACUGAACGUAGCAACUGGCAACAUCGUCCUCCAGAUUUGUGUGCGCCGGCAUCGCACGUGAACGUGUCGCAAAAAUCUCAGUAUAUUAGUGAAAUCACCAUGUCUGACGAAUAUUUCUAUGGCGUGACCUUGUCGGCGUCACAUCAGUCGGAGACAUGGGACCCGGAGGCGAAGGCGGAAUACCCGCGCAGCAACAAGCUGCUCAUCCGCCAGGCGUUGCUUGGCCCUGAUGCCAAGCCAGAUGAACUUAAUGUUGUCCAGGUGGAGACCAUGUCUCUGCAGGAUGCCAUCAAGAUCCCCGUAGCAGUGCUGAAAGCUGGUGAGACUCGGCACGCGCGUCUCGACAUCGAGUUCCCAGAUGCGCCUGUUACAUUCACACUCAUACAGGGCUCAGGGCCGGUUCACUUGAUCGGGCAGCACAUGCUGGGUGCUCUUGUUGAGGAGUUUGAGGACAUGGAGGAAAUGGAGGAAGAGAUGCUUGAUGAGGAAGAAGGCGAUGACUCCCAAUUUAAGGAAGAUGAGAAUAAAAGGAAAGCAGCAGGCAAGCGCAAGCCGAAUGAGGAUGAGGAUGAUGAGGAAGGAGAGCCGAAGGGCAAGAAAGCGAAAAUGUCAAACAACGCCAAAGGCAAGGCUGCGUCGCCGAAGAAGAACGCCAAGAAGUGAACCGCCUGUCCUCUGCCCGUAUGGCCAUGUGCCGCCGCCCGCCGCCGCCCCGCUAGACCAAUUCCGAACGAAGACUGAAGCGACCCUGUACGGCACGUACACAGUGUUUAAUGAAAUUGACGAAUCUGAAGCCACAGUUGUGACGCAAGGUGCGACGCGGGCGGCGACACGGCCGAGGGCCUCUAGUUGUAACUGCAUAGUGUGGUAAUUCAGCCUAGGUUAGUGUGUAUCGAUGGAGCGCGCCUGGAGAGUGGAUGUGAUAUGUUCGUGAUAGGGCCGCGGCCGCCCCUUCGCUGUCGCCGCUGGUCGAGCGUGGUUUCCUCACUGAAUUAUUUUUUCUAAAACAUUUUUUUUUUCAUUCCUUACUGUGGUAUAGUG